GGGUCUUGACUGGUGUAAGGUGGUCUCCCAGACUUGGUCAUGCUGGUUUUCCGUCCUGUUAAAAAGUGCCUAAGAUCUGGCUGGGAGACCACACAUGGUUUAAGCUGUUUUCUCAGCGUCAAUGCAAGAUUUCUGACGAUAAAAGGUAAGCCGUUGACAUCGCGAAAAGUGAUCCGCCGUGCGUAAAAAAGCAGUCGUUUAGUUCCCAGGUGCGCCACAGAAUGCCCCGGCUGACUCCAGCCACGUGGACCGCUCACAACAACAACAACAACAACAACAUGUUAAGUCCUGUCCUCUCUGAUGCACUCAUCCCACCCCCACCAACAAAACUCCGCGCGCCGUCCUCGCCGCGUCUCUCUCUGGCCCCGCACCAGCACCUCUCCAUCUCGCCGUACCAUUAGACUACCGAAGGAGGGGCCGUUCGGAUGACGGUCCCGCGGAGGGGAGGGUACGAGAGGCGGGACCAAAGUCUUCCCCGCUUCUCGGCGCUGACGAGUACGGGACUAGGGCUGGAGAGAUCGCCGGGGAGCAUCGUCACCACUCCUGCACGGAGCCUCGCCUGGCCGAAUACUGCACAGUGCACACGUCGGGAUUGCAAAACAUUCCUGAGAAAUAUACCUGCUAUUUAUGGCAUGUGGCUGGUAACUUUACUCCUGCUGUAUUCUUUUCAAGAAGUGCACAGCGAGGAUGUGGUCUCGACGCGGCUGUACUUUGUGAAUGCUUCCCUGCAGAGAGUGACCUUCUCCAGCUCAGUGGGGGUGUCCCUGCCCUGUCCUGCGGGUGGCGCCCCCCAUGCCGUCCUCCGCUGGUACCUGGCCACUGGCGACGACAUCUACGACGUGCCACACAUCCGCCACGUUCACGCCAACGGCACGCUGCAGCUCUACCCCUUCUCCCCCUCUGCCUUCAACAGCUUCAUUCAUGAUAAUGACUACUUCUGCACUGCCGAGAACCAGGCCGGCAAGAUCCGCAGCCCUAGCAUCCGUGUCAAAGCAGUGUUCAGGGAACCUUACACGGUUCGCGUGGCGGACCAAAGGUCCAUGCGGGGCAACGUGGCCGUCUUCAAGUGCCUCAUCCCCUCUGCUGUGCAGGAGUACGUCAGUGUGGUGUCCUGGGAGAAGGACACGGUCUCCAUCAUCCCAGGUAACAGGUUUUUCCUGACAUCAUAUGGGGCCCUCUACAUAUCUGACGUUCAGAAAGAGGAUGCCCUCUCUACCUACCGCUGCAUCACCAAGCACAAAUACAGCGGAGAAACCAGGCAGAGUAAUGGGGCUCGUCUCUCUGUGCUGGACCCCACUGAAUCCCCGCCUUCUGUGAUGGACAGUUUCCAGUCAGGAGAGGUACAAGUGGGGCGCAGCAUAGAGUUGCCCUGCAUCGCCUCCGGUUACCCCAACCCCACCAUCCGCUGGCUGAAGGAUGGGAGGCCGCUUCCUGCUGACUCCCGCUGGACGCGGCGACUGACCGGCCUCACAAUCAGCGAUCUCCGCCUGGAAGACUCCGGAAACUACAUCUGUGAAGUCACCAACAGCUUUGGCUCCAAAGAGGUCACAGGACACCUUAAUGUCAUCGAGCCUCUGAGAGUCACAUUAUCCCCCAAGAACCUGAAAACAGGCAUCAGCAGCACAGUGAUUCUGUCCUGUGCUGUUCAGGGUUCGCCCCACUUCACCGUCUCCUGGUUCCGCAACACAGAACCCAUUGUGCCUGACCAGCACUUCUCCAUCCAGGGAGCCCACAACGAGACACUCUUCAUCACGGCAGCCCAGAAAAGACACUCAGGGGCAUAUCAGUGCUUUGCCACCCGCAAGGGUCAGACCGCACAGGACUUCUCCAUCAUACUGCUUGAGGACGGCACCCCACGGAUCGUCUCGUCUUUCAGUGAGCGCGUGGUAGCCCCUGGCGAGCCCUUCUCUCUCAUGUGUGCGGCCAAAGGCGCCCCUCCCCCCACCAUCACCUGGACGCUGGACGACGAGCCGGUAGCGCGGGACUCGGCGCACCGGGCCAGCCAGUACACGCUCUCCGACGGCUCCACUGUCUCGCACGUCAAUGUCACCAACCCCCAGAUCCGCGAUGGGGGCGUGUACCGCUGCGCCGCACGCAACUCGGCCGGUAGCGCCGAGUACCAAGCGCGCAUAAACGUAAGAGGUCCUCCCAGUAUCCGGGCCAUGCGGAACAUCACAGCCGUGGCCGGUCGCAACACUUUCAUCAACUGUCGUGUGAUUGGUUACCCCUAUUACUCCAUCAAGUGGUAUAAAGACGGGGUGCCGUUGCCAGACAACCAUCGUCAGGUGGUGUACGAGAACGGGACUCUGAAGUUGAGUGAUGUGCAGAAGGGCAUGGAUGAGGGGGCGUACCAGUGCAGUGUGCUCAUCCAACCCCAGCUCUCCAUCAGCCAGACUGUCUACGUCACAGUCAAAGUUCCUCCCCUCAUCCAGCCCUUUGACUUUCCUCCCACCUCCAUUGGUAAGCUGAUGUACAUAGCGUGUGUGGUGUCCUCCGGAGACAUGCCAAUCCGGAUCACCUGGAGGAAGGACGGGCAGGAGAUUGUAUCGGGAACAUCGGGAGUCACCAUCGAAACCAAGGAGUUCAUGAGCUCGCUUCAGAUCUCCGAAGUUUCGCUCAAGCACAAUGGAAACUACACCUGUAUCGCAAGCAACAACGCAGCAACUGUCAGUUCGGAGAGACAGCUCAUUGUGACAGUUCCACCUGGUUUUCGGGUUCAGCCCAAUAACCAGGAUGGGAUCUAUGGCAAGUCAGAGGUUCUGAACUGCUCUGUGGAAGGGUACCCUCCUCCCAAAGUUGUCUGGAAGCAUGCCAAAGGUAUAGGGAACCCCCAGCAGUACCACCCAGUUCCACUAACGGGUCGCAUUCAGAUCCUGUCCAACGGUUCUCUGCUGAUCCGCCAUGUUCUAGAGGAAGACCGGGGAUACUACCUGUGCCAGGCCAGCAACGGAGUGGGUUCCGACAUCAGCAAGAGCAUGAUGCUCACCGUUAAAAUUCCGGCUAUGAUCACAUCCCACCCAAACACCACCAUGGCCAUAAAGGGGCAGAACAAGGAGUUAAACUGCACAGCCCGGGGUGAGUACCCCAUCAUCAUCCGCUGGGAGCGAGGCGACACCGUUAUUGACCCCGACCGCAACCCUCGGUACUCCAUCACCACCAGCCCCAAUGAGAAAAGCGAUGAAGUUAUCUCCACACUGAAGCUGAAGCCAGCGGAGCGCGGGGAUUCCGUCUUUUUCUCCUGCCAUGCCAUCAACUCAUACGGCGAGGGCCGAGGGCUCAUCCAGCUGACGGUGCAAGAACCCCCUGACCCCCCAGAGCUGGAGGUUCGAGAGGUCAAAGAUCGGAGUAUGAACCUAAGGUGGACACAGCGGUUUGACGGCAAUAGCAUCAUCACCAGCUACGACAUUGAGUACAAGAACAAAUCCGACCCGUGGGAGCUGAAACAUGCCACCCGUAAGAUCUCGCCCACCAACAACCAGGCCAACAUAGUGGAGCUCCACCCGGCGUCCGUGUACAGCAUUCGCAUGUACUCCUACAACAAGAUUGGACGCAGUCAAGCCAGCAAAGAGCUCACCAUCAGCACAGAGGAAGCACCUCCUGAUGGACCACCCAUGGAGGUGAUUUUACAGCCAAUGACUUCUCAGAGUAUCCGCGUCACCUGGAAGGCACCUAAGAAAGAGCUCCAAAAUGGAGUGAUCCGUGGCUAUCAGAUUGGUUAUAGGGAGAAUGGACCAGGCAGUAAUGGACAGUACAGUAUAGUGGAGAUGAAAGCCACAGGUGACAGUGAGGUGUACACACUGGAUAACUUGAAGAAGUUUGCUCAGUACGGUGUGGUGGUCCAAGCGUUCAACCGAGCCGGAACCGGACCUUCCAGUUCUGAGAUCAAUGCCACAACCCUUGAAGAUGUUCCCAGCCAGCCACCCCAAAAUGUGCGGGCCAUCACGGUGACAUCGGACGAGGCGGUGAUCACGUGGUCAGAGCCUCCGCGGAUGACCCUGAAUGGGGUUCUAAAGGGCUACCGUGUGGUGUUCUGGUCCCUCUACCCCGAUGGAGGUGGGUGCUGUGGGGGCCAGACACUGGGGCUCAACCAGAAAUGGGGAGAGAUGCAGAACAUCACUACCACUCGUGAGCAGGUGGAGCUGAAGGGUUUGGAGAAGUUCACAAACUACAGCAUUCAGGUCCUGGCCUACACACAGGCAGGAGAUGGCGUCCGCAGCAACGUUCUCUAUAUACAGACCCGAGAAGAUCACCCCGGCCCUCCAGCAGGCAUCAAAGCAGUGCCAUCCUCUGCCAGCAGUGUGGUGGUCUCCUGGCUUCCCCCCAUCAAGCCCAAUGGUAUCAUCCGAAAAUACACAAUUUACUGUUCCAGCCCUGGAUCGGGCCAACCGGCACCCAGCGAAUACGAAGCCAACCCUGAGCUGCUGAUAUAUAGAAUCACCCACUUGACCCGGGGUCAGCAGUAUCUGAUCUGGGCGGCCGCCGUCACCACUGCUGGUCGGGGCAACAUCAGCGAGAAGGUGACUGUGGAACCUGCAGGGAAAGCUCCUGCUAAAAUCCUAUCUUUUGGUGGAACGGUGACCACUCCAUGGAUGAAGGAAGUCCGGCUGCCGUGCAGCUCGGUGGGAGAGCCGACACCCACCAUCAAAUGGACGAAAGACAGUGAGGACACCGCCAUCCCGGUCACUCAAGAUGGUCACCGGAACAUUCUUUCAAAUGGUACCCUGGUGCUACGCUCUGUGAAAGCCGAGGAUUCUGGGUACUACACCUGCACAGCCACCAACACACUGGGGUUUGACACAAUCAUCGUAAACCUGCUGGUACAAGUGCCUCCAGAUCAACCACGUUUGACAGUUUCCACCACAUCAACUUCUUCUAUCACUCUAGCUUGGAUUCCUGGAGACAAUGGAGGAAGCUCCAUCAGAGGUUUUGUGCUGCAGUAUUCAGUAGACAACACUGAGGAGUGGAAGGAUGUCUUCAUUAGCUCCAGCGAACGCUCUUUCAAGUUGGACAACUUGCGCUGUGGAACCUGGUACAAAGUCAAACUUGCAGCAAAAAACAGUGUGGGAGCCGGUCGCAUCAGCGAGAUCAUUGAGGCCAAGACUCAUGGCAGAGAGCCGCAGUUCAAUAAGGACCAGCCCCUGUUCACUCACAUCAACUCCACCCACGCCCGCCUCAACCUGCAGGGCUGGACGAGCGGCGGCUGCCCCAUCACUGCUGUCCUUCUAGAGUUCCGCCCUAAAGGCACCUGGGCCUGGCAGAGCGUGCGCACCAACGCCUCGGCUGAUAUCUUCCUCGCCGAGCUGCGUGAGGCCACCUGGUAUGAACUGAAGAUGAAGGCGUGCAACAGCGCCGGCUGUGGAAACCAGAGCUCCCAGUUUGCCACGCUAGAUUACGAUGGCAGCACUAUUCCGCCUAUUAAGUCAGCGCGAGGGGAAGGGGACGAUGUUAAAAAGCUUUUCUCUAUCGGCUCCCCUGUCAUCCUGGUCACAUUGGGCAUGGCACUACUCUUCAUUAUCCGCAAGAAACGCAAAGAAAAGAGACUCAAGAGACUCAGAGAUGCUAAGAGCUUGGCUGAGAUGCUUAUCAGCAGUAAGAACAAUCGAAGUUUUGACACUCCAGUUAAAGGCCCACCUCAGGGACCCCGACUGCACAUAGAUAUCCCCCGCGUGCAACUGCUCAUCGAGGAUAAAGAGGGAAUCAAACAGAUAGGUGAAGACAAGGCCACCAUCCCUGUGACGGACACGGAGUUCAGCCAAUCAGUGAACCCUCAGAGCUUCUGUACGGGCGUGUCUGUGCAUCACCCCGCCCUCAUCCAGAACACAGGCCCUUUGAUUGACAUGUCGGACAUCAGGCCUGGCACCAAUCCAGUAUCGAGGAAGAGCGUGAAGUCUGCGCACAGCACGAGGAACCGCUAUUCCAGCCAGUGGACUCUGACUAAAUGCCAAGCGUCCACACCUGCUCGCACGCUUACCUCAGACUGGCGGACAGUGGGCUCCCAGCACGGCAUCACGGUCACAGAAAGUGACAGCUACAGUGCCAGCCUGUCCCAGGACACAGAUAAAGGACGUAACAGUAUGGUGUCCACCGAGAGUGCGUCUUCCACGUAUGAGGAGCUGGCCCGAGCGUACGAACACGCUAAGCUGGAAGAGCACCUGCAGCACGCCAAGUUUGAGAUCACAGAGUGCUUCAUCUCAGACAGCUCCUCCGAUCAGAUGACCACCGGAACCAAUGAUAACGCAGACAGCAUGACCUCUAUGAGCACACCAUCCGAACCGGGCAUCUGUCGCUUCACUGCCUCCCCACCCAAACCACAGGACUACGAUCGCGGCAAAAACGUGGCAGUGCCCAUUCCCCACCGCGCCAACAAGAGUGAGUACUGUAACCUCCCCCUCUACAUGAAGACGGACCCUUUCUUCCGGAAACAGGCAGAGCUGCACGACCCCUGCCCUGUGGUCCCACCCCGCGAGGCCUCCAUCAGGAGCCUCGCCGCUCGGGCCUACCACACACAGGGCCGCCACAUGACAUUAGACCCCUCCAAGCAGCAGGCCCUGACGCUGGGCCACGGCGGCCUGAGCAGCCUGACCAGCUCAGGGGCCUCCGGUACGUCGGGCCCAGCCUCAAGCGGGGCCGCUGGGAGCUCCAGCAUCAGCUCAGGCACGGCCACCCUGCCCCAGAGGACUCUCACCAUGCCCAGCACCUCCUCCACCUCCUCGGCCCCAAGCGGGGCGGCCGCCGCUGGAGCGGGAGCCAGUGCAAGCUCCACGGGAGGCAGCGGCCCGACGCCCGGCAGCUCCAAGGUCGGGGGAUCCAGAGACUCUCUGCUAGAGAGCAGCUCAUCCGGCCUGGGCAGACUGCAAAAGCAGAAUGCUGGGGCGUACUCCAAAUCCUACACUCUGGUGUAGCUCACACGUAUACACAUACAGUACGUUCACACACACACCUGGAGUCUGGGCAGGGGCGGAAACGAACAAUGGCGGGACAGGGGUCUCUCUCUUUUCCUCUCUUUUACCUUCAUUUGCUUUCCUUUUUUUAAUUCUUCUGCUCAAGCUUUUUAUCUGGCCUUCUCCAGGAUUAAAUAUGCCAAACCCCCAGACCCUUUCCCCUAAUUUUGCCUUGUUUUUGACUUAAGUUGUAUCCUUCUCUCCCCCACCCCCCACUCCUUCUCUCUGUCAAAGACACCUUGGACCUUAUGCACGAAAUGCUUUCCAUGUGCACUUGUUCAUUUGAUUUCUCGACUUCAGAAAAUAGGAAAAAGCGGUUUUAAGAGAUAUAUUGUUUCGCAUUGACCCGUCUAGAUGUUUUUAGGCUGUUGAAAAAGUGUCUCUUUUUUAUGUCUCUCGCAUAGCUUCAUACUGCAACGCAUUGCCUCGGAAAGCUUAUGCAUAAACGAAUCCACCACGGUGUUCACCUUCCGCCCCUCCUGAUCCACAUCGGUCUGGAAAAACAGCUUGAAGACGAAAGUCUCAACCGCCUGAAUCGAGUCUUUGGGAUUUUUUUCAUGCAAUUGAUGACACAGUAUAGAGUGUUAUUGACUAUUUUGUAAACAAACAAGAAAAAAAAUCAAGAAAAAAAUGUCUGGAGCCAUUUUCACAGCGGAUGUAUGGUUACUGUACUUUUAUUUUUUUGUUCGGUUUUCUGUUUUCGAAAUUUUGAACUUUAGCACUAAGGAGGGCCGGGUGGAUCCACUGAGCUUUCUCAAGCUUGUGUAUGUGUGGUGUGUGUGUAUGCAUGUGUAUGUAUAUGUGUAAAUAUAUAUGUAUACAUGUGGCAAGCACACAACCAGGCCUACACGCUUGGUAUCUCGGCAUCGGAAAGGGAGCAGCUUGGAGACGCCAAGUGCCACCCAUUGAGCUACACAGUCUAGAGUUCAUCUGAAAGGAGGACAGGAUAUAGGGAGUAUGUAAAGGGUAGACACAUCUCCCUUCUCAUCUCUCUUGGCUGCCUUCGAUAUGAAAGAAAGGCUCUUGUUUUGCUGUUUGUUGGUUGGUUCGUUCGUUUGUUCGAUUGUUUGUGUUUGAUGCCAUAUACUUAUUACCCCUCCUUCCCCACCCAGACCUCCCCCAAAAACGUCACCACUUCCUCUGUCUCACUGUGAACGCCUAACAGCCUCUUCUGGAUGGACCGAGCACAGGCAGAAAGGCGGGAAGAGGGCAGAGAGGUAGGGAGGAAGUAGAGGCAGACGGGCCCGUGAACAGAGAGGGAGAGAUAUCUGCCGUCGCUGUGUAGCUUUUCUGCGUUUGUUCAUCGUUUCUCUUUAUUCUUUGCUUUCCUUCCCCACACGAAGACUCUAGCAGUCAUUCCUAUUUGAAGGUCUUAGAGACUCUAGCUUUAGGUAGCGCAGGGGUGGAUAAAGGAGGGAAUGAGUGAAAUGUAGGAGGGGAAGGUUUCAUUCAGCCCCUAAAUGAAUCGAAUAUCCUCUCAAUCCUCCUUCGUUCACUCAGUUUCCAAAGCAAAGCCCCAUCACAGAGAAACUUCCAAAAAUCGACAAACUCUCCCAAUGAUUUAAAUGGAAAAAAGUACUACAUCAGGGCUCCUGCAAUACAAAAGAAGAAAAAAAAAAAAGAAAAUAUAUUGCAAUGUUUGUUGUCAAAAUAUAUACAUAUAUAUUUCUAUCUAAAGAUAUAGUAAAUAUAUACGUGGUGAGAGCAGAGAUUUAAUGCCAUAUCUAAUUGAAAAAGAAAAAUUUUAUUUUAAAAAAAGAUUUGAAGACAAUCGCUCAGUGGGAGGUGCAGCAGUAAGCGAGAGGAGGUGUCGAUCACGAAACGCUGAGACAAACGGGUAACAUAACUAAGAGAGAUUGAAAAAGAACGGCAGAGGGUGUGUUUCGACAUGCCGCAGCAGUCGCCGUUUUGGGAAUUCUGGGAAAAGACCUUUGAGAUUCCCAAACUAACUUCCUGUCAUCGCUAUAAUCAGCCGGGCUGCAUAGUGCAACAUGCCUGUAUGGUAUGAAGGAGAUAUUUAUGAACAUUUCCCAACACACUCUCUACAGUUGCUUGGAAACAAUGGAAAUUUGCCACUGCAACUCCAGCUCGUAGAUGGACCCACGACAUCUGUGAGCGCCAUCUGAAUCCAUGCACCAUCUCUACUGCCCAAACGAAUAGUAUAAAAUACCCACAGUGCUUUGAGAGCUUUCCGUCAGGCCCUUAAAGAGACCGUUCACCCAAAAAUGAAAAUUCCGUCAUCAUUUACUCACCCUCAUGUUGUUCCAAACCUGUACGACUUUACUUCUUCUGUGGAACACAAAAGAAGAUAUUUUGAAGUGUUGUUUUUUUCCUAUAAAAAGAAAAAAGGGGAGAUGCAAUACACUGGUAUUGACGAUAACCAAAAUAUUGAUAUCAUGUUAAUACUGCACAUAAUAUCAUAAAUAAUCCAGUGCCUGGUUGACACUCCAACUUAGUAGGUGGUGAUACUGCACCUGGUUGCCACCCGUCAUUAAAUGGAUAAAAGAAGAAAGUGCAGUGUGCAGUUACCACUGCUCCACAAAAUCAUGUUGGAGGAAAUGUGGGAGAUUUCAUAAAAAGACGGCCCCGACUGCAGGUAUGAGUGUAAUUCAUUAGCCAAAAUUGAUAAACACAAAAGAAAGUUAUAUUAGGGAUUUUCACACAGCACUUAACCCCGGGUUAUCGUCAUUCUAAACACCGCUUUUAACCCUGGGUAAAGGAACGUUUCACACUUCUAAUUUAGAAGCGGGGUCAGCACCUCGUUUUACCUGGGGUUAUGAAACCCUGCUCCGGAGCAGGGUUAGCCCCGCUUUUGCAGUGUUAACUCCGCAUUGCAGUGCCAAACUUGUACAGUGUGAAACGAUGCGGAGUUAGAAUGUUACAGACAACCAAUCACUUACUCGUAUUCACAUGCUUUGGACAGUCACGGAACACUGCGCAUUGUAUAUAAACAGUAAAUUCAGUGUUUAAGAGGAAAAAUGUCGAAUGCUGACAGAAAACGCGACAAUUUGAGACCAUUUCAUUCUUACCUUUAUAGUCCAUAAUGUCCAUUCAGUACAAACUCGAUAGUACAGUCGGCAAUACGAAGAUGCGCAAUGCUAGAGCUGUUAUUUAAACAGGUCACGUGCUGGGUUUAUCCAGUCUGUGACACUGACACCACAAAUAUGCAAAGAAGAACUUUAACCCAGGUUUAAGGAAUGUGCAAUGUGAAACAUCAGUUUAGGAAUACCCAGAAUUAAUUGUUAACCCCUGGUAAAUUAUGAGCAGUGUGAAACGUGAAGCAAGAUAACCCAGGGUUUAGAAUGACCUAGGGUUAACUAUUUCAAGUGUGAAAAGCCCUAUUAUUUUUCCCCAAAAUUUCUAUAGAUAUUGCAAUAAUGUUGUUGUGCGACGGUAAUCGUGUUGUGAAAAUCUGGUAUUGCGACAGGCCCAAAUUAACAAAAUUUGAACACCAAAUUACUUUAAUUGAAUAUCAAAAAAUAUGUAUAUUUUCAAAAUAUCUUCUUUCAUGUUUCAAAGAAAAAAAAGAAAGUCAUGAAAGUUUAGAAUGACAUGGGAGAAUAAAUUAUUACAAAAUAAAAUUUCAGGGUGAACCAUCUGUUUAAGGUGAGAUCGCUCCUGUGAUUUUAAAAUUUCAAGCUUACAGCAUGUCUGAAAGGUCAAAUCUCAUAUAUCAAGGGAAAGAUCGCUAUAUUUAUGUACUGCAUAAUUAUUGGCGACUUAGAACACGCAACCCCUGCAGACGUCAGCACAGGAAAUAUAGCACACAUUUAUAGUUUGUUCAACAGGAUUCAGUUAUAUGCAGCCGCCUGAGCAUAUCUCAUGUUAGGAAGACUUGACGCAACAAAUCCUAAGGGACAGAAAAGGGACGUGUCGUGUUGGGUUUAAAAUUGAGCUGAUUGAACGAUAAUAUAUCUGUUUUUGGCAUAUGAAAGAAAAUCUGUUUGACUUACAACCAGGAGAUGUUUUAUUGGUGGCUUGAUAAAUUAGGAUUGUUAGAGUGUACCCAAAGCUGUGCAAGAUAAAUAAAUUUGAUCGCCCAGAUCUAAACCAAUCUUGAGACAUAGUUGCGAAGAAUGUGGACUUGUUUUAAAAACAAUGAAAGAAGUAUGUGUUCCUCUUAUUGCUGCUCAAAUGCCCACUGACUGGGUUUUGUCUGUCUGUUUAAUGGCAGACGUGCCCAGUGCAUUUUGCCAUGAACGUUUCAUUAGGAUUAGACCAAUAUCUAUAUCAGUAUUCAUGCCUGUUCAGGUGAAACAUUUUGUGAAAAUAUUCCCUUGACCACCCCACAAAGCCCUCACGUCCCAUGAUUUUUCACAUUUAAAAGACAGUUGCUGACUUGAAUUACAUUUUUUUUUUCUUUUUUUUUUUUGCUUUGUUUAUAAAAAAUAUAUGUAUCCAACUUAGUUUUUUGUUUGAUUCUAUGAGGAUUUAUGUUGAAAAGAAAAUGCAGUUGUGUUACGCAAUGGGGCAGGCCUGUUUAGCCAGUCGAAUCAGGGACCCCAAGCUCCAACCAAUCACAGGAGAAGCUGUGUGAAUACUGGGCGGAGUCAGGAAUAGAACUCCAACCCCAAACGCCUGUUUCCCCGCCCAAAUGAUCCGAUUAGCCCCUUUUCAUCAACCAAUAAAAAAAAUCCUGCUAUACCCAAGACCUCCCUGUCAGCAUAAUUUCUAAUCUACAAAUAAAGACUCUUGUAUAUAUGAAACUGUUUUGUAUAAAUAAUUACUAUUUUCGACAUCUCCAUUAGCAACCAGGGCACAAUUGUAAGUCUGGUUAAAGGUAUAACUUUAAAUGUGAGGGGAUUAAAAAGACAAAAAAAUUAUAAAAUCUAACAAAAAAUACUUUACACCUUGAGUUUUGAAUGGGGCACAUAAACCCAGACCAGACGUCUGGUGUUUGAUUUAUCUUUUCCUUUUUAUAAUUUGUCUUAUGUUUUUAUUCAUUUAUGUUGUUGGUUGUUUUGUUUGUUUUUACUUUUGUUUUGUUUCUACCUUUUGGUUAACUUGACGAAAAAUGGCAUUGCAUGCUCUGAAUAUUUUGCUGGUUAUUAAAAGAAAAAGGAAAAGGAGACAAAUAACUAAAGGGGAAAAAAGUUUAAAAAAUGCGGAGGGGAUUCCUAAACUUUUAUGGAAAAGUUGCUUCAAUUUGCAAUUGCUUGUGUUUAAAUAUACAGUUUUUUUUUCUAUGAAAACAAAACAAAAACAGAAAAAGAGUACUCCAACACCUUGUGCAAUAAAGCUAUCUUUCUAUGAAUGGUG